AGUUUUGUUACCACAAAAUAUGGUUGCUAUGUUCUUGGAAUCCCUAUUAUUCUUUUUGUAUCUCCUAUCCUCCGGUGAGAGCACGACGAAUCACACGCUUGUUAUGAUAUCUCAUCGUGGAGUCCCUCUUGAUGUUCGUCAUGUACCGAAGAUGAUGGCGCAAGCCGUCGCUGCCACUGAUGGGAGGACACGCUUCCUCAGCGAAGGUGACAGUCGGUGUGAACGAUGCCUUGCACAGGACGGUCUGGUCCGCGACCUGUCGGCCCUAGGAGUCCAGAUUGUGGAUUCGAAGUGCGAAGCGAGUCCCAGGCAGAUGAAGGAUUAUCUGCUGAAGGCCAAGGGCAUGCUCGGCAUUGAGGUGGACUGUGAGCCCGACUUUGACGUUUCUAUUGCCCCUCUCGCCGGGAGGAGCACAGUUGCAGAAGGACAAGUAGCCCGUUGUACCGGCGGUAAUCCUCUUCUCGGCACCAAUGACCCCGGCUCUUCGUGUCAGGGUAACCUCGAGAUCAUUAGAUUCAGAGGUGCUCAGGAAGCAGUUCGCUCAGUCAGCCGAGGCUUGCGAAACGUCGUAUUGGCAAUCGUGGACAGCGGAGUUGAUGUAUCCCAUCCGGAUCUGAUCAAUCAGUUCUGGAAAAAUCCAGACGAUGGUUCUAUCGGGUUCAACUUCCUGGAUGAUAAUACCAACGUUACUGAUGAGAACGGCCACGGCACUCACUGUGCUGGAAUAGCUGGCGCUCAGACUAAUAACAGCCUUGGUAUCGCUGGUGUUGCAGACGUGAAACUCAUGAUCCUGAAAUUUGUAGGUAGUGAUAGGACAGGUCCUCUCAGUGGCGCAUUGAAGGCUCUCGAUUAUGCAGUCGGGAUGGGUGCUGCAGUGUCCUCACAUUCGUAUGGCGGUAAUGUGCCAAGCCGGAUCUUCGAAAAUGCAAUCCGGAAUGCUGCUAACGCUGGCCAUAUUGUGGUUGCUGCUUCUGGGAAUGAAGGAAUGAACCUGGACGAGACCCCAACCUAUCCUUGCUCGUACUCAAGGUCGAUUCCUUCUAUGCUCUGUGUUGGCGCGAGUUCUUCGACACCGACCUCGCCUGUAUCUCUCGCCUCCUUCUCGAACAUCGGUUCUGUGGUUAAUAUUGUCGCCCCUGGCGUGAAUAUCCUUUCGACGUACCUCUCGGGUUCGUACGCUUUUCUCAGUGGUACAUCGAUGGCUACGCCUCAAGUUGCGGGUGUUGCGGCCGUGCUUGCCACAUUAGGCUUGGCAGGGCAGAGCAUCACUGAUUCUAUAACACGGUCUCGAACUGCUAGUCUUGAAAAUCCGCUCUCUCUGCAAAAUUUAGGGGAAUUGGAUGCGUUGAACGCAGUCAAUGAAGGCCUUGAUCAGCCGACAUCCCCCCCUAGGCAGCCAUCAAGCACAAGACUCUCAUCUUCGGUUUGUUUGUGGAGCGUUGGACUUUUGUUUGCUAUUAUAACCGGACAUUCUGCUUUCUAGCAAUUUAUCCAUUCGUUUGCACUUAUCACUAACCCGUUAUCCAUCACACUUCUAAGGA